UGGGCUCGUGCCAGAGAGUUGUGCUUCUUGGCCGCGAGGAGGGGAUGACGCCGACAGGCGUGGUAAUAACAAUGAGAACACUAUUAAGACCAGACUGCGCGGAAUCUGGUAAAAAAAAAAAAAGAAAAAGAAAGAGACAAACGUGGAGAAGAAGCCGCGGCCGUAAAAUAUGAAAUGUGUGCUUUUAAACGUUGAUUCCCGAGGGGGGAGUUUCUUUCUUUUUUGAAAAACUUUUGCCUUGAAGCGACGCAAACGAGCCCGCACGCUGCGCCGGAGGAGUUUCCUGUCGAGCCGGGGAGCGCGCACGGAGAAUCCGGGCAGCAGAGCGCAUAGGAAAUGACUCAUAGGACUCCGACUGUUCGCGUGGGUGUGUGUGCGCGCUCGCGUGCGGGUGCGCGUGCGCGCUAAUAAAACAGGGCUCGGGCUCCGUGCGGCUGACUCACUCCGAUGCGCUGCCGCCUCUCCCCCCCUCGUCCCGGACGCCAGCACGGGCUGUUUUAAACCCGAUGAGCUUUCGGGACGCGAGCAGCCCGGCAGCGAGCAGCUCUCCCCCCGCGCGCCUCAUGGCUCCCGGCGCCCCGCGCGCGCUCUGCGCGCUCAUCAUAGCGGCCGCGACGCAUUUCUACGCCGUCGGCGCACAGAAAAGUCAGUGUGGAAAGUUUGAGUUCUUGAACUCAGAUCUAGGCGUGUGCUUGCCGUGCUCGUCGUGUAAGCAGUACCCAAAGACCCCGUCGUGCAACACGUGUAAAUCUGUGGAUCAGACGCCUGACGUGUGGAAGCUGGCGGCCAUCACCAGCUUCUCGGUGCUCGCCGUCGUGCUGGUCGGGGCGGCGCUGAUCAUCGGGGUCAUGGUGCAUCGCCGCAGGUCACACAAAAGGCCUCUGCGUGACCCCAUUGAAGAAACGGCGGGGCCACUUUACCAGGCUUAAACCUUACAGUAGCCUCGACCUGAUCUGGAGACAGAUGCCCCAGAACCAAAGAGCGACUGGUUCAGAGCGACCGCGACGCAGGUCAAAGGAUCUCCUCGCCAGAAUACGACAAUUUUAAUUUAUCGUGGCUGUUGAGUAAAGUGACGUGCAUUAUAUUAGUGGCAUCACUCUCAGAUGUUGUGUGCCUUCACGUCCCACUUAGAUAACGUCUCCGUCUGGAAGACCCUUGUGGUUUUUACAGAUGUUUGAUCAGAAGACUGCAGUCCUUUUCUUCAGAGGUUUUUCUGACGUAGCUCAUCUCCCGCUGCGCUGCAGUGUGACCUCCGGCCAUAAUGUGACCUGCAGGUCACUUAAAGAUGAAUAACAUGUACUGUGAGGCACAUCAAGGCCGUUUGAAUGUAUUCCAGCCUUCUUCCCUGCCUGUAUGUGCGAGCACCUGCUCUUACAGCAAAGCGUCAAGGUGUCUUCUCUUCACUGUUACUUAGGACAACGAAACAAAGACCCUCUAUUGCAGGUUUUCACUAUAUAUCUUUUUUUUGGUCUGAUUAUUUCUCUGCCACAACACCAGAUUUAACCGGUCCCGUUGUUGCCGGCCGGGACAGAACACUAGACUGACGUGUGGGGAUGUUAGUGCGCUGUAGUGAAACAUUUGGCUCCUACGUUGCUUUGGUGGAGCAACGCGAUCACUCUGCUCACCGGCUCGUUAUCGUCACACAUCUCAAGAAACACGUGGCGAUGUCUGUUCGUGGGUUUUUUGAGUUGUUGUCCUCCAUUUCUUCAGUUCAGGACGUCCUUCUGUCUUCGUCAGCGUAACCGAUGUAUUCCACGCGGCCGAUGAGGUUUCAGGUCAUAUUUUGGAUUUGUCAGCUCGUGGGUGAAGUGCUUGUCCUUUGGCAGCACCAUUAGGGAAUUACUUAAAACACAGACACUCCCUCUCGUUUUAUAUAUAUACAUAUAUAUUAUUUAUUUGUAUGAAUCUUGUGUUGUUUUCCAUACAUUUCAUGUGACAAGCACAUUUUUAAAGGGACUCUAGUGAAGAUUUUUGUUACACUUCAACCAGGCCAGCUGAGCAAUAAUUUACAUUUUCCGCUAACUUCUCUUGCAUUUUAUUCCCAAUGUAUAUACUGUACAUGCACUGGCUUCUUCUAUGUAAUGCAAUCUUAUAAACUGCUUUGUAUACCAAAUGUAUUUUCACAAUAAAACUGACAACUUCC